AUGUACGAAUUACCUGCAGACGAUAAGAAAUUGGAGAAUAUGGAUCUCUAACAUAAUUCCUUUGAUGUUAAAUUAAUUGAAGAUGACGAUGAAGAAGAUAAAAGUUAAAUCUCUCAAUUUUUGUAGAAUGUUAUUAAGUAGCCAGAAGAAAAUUUGUUUGAUUUGGAUAUCUCAGAGAGCCAGGAAUAGCAAAAUGAACCUAAGGAUUCGCUUUCUUCUUUAGUUGAUUAAAUGCUGUCAUCGAUUUCUAACAACUAAGAAAUACUUAACAAUAAAGUCAAUCUAUUAGAAGAGGAUGAUACGAUCGUAGAUACUAUUGAAGAGUUUGAAUUUCGAGAUUAUUAAAUAGAAUUAUAUGAGAAGGGAAUUGGCAAGAAUUCUAUCAUCUAUUUGGAAACAGGAUUAGGUAAAACCUUAGUCAUUAUUAUGUUGAUGUGGGAUCGUUUGUUUAAAUAUCCUGAUAAAAAGAUAGUCUUUCUAGCCAAUACCGUUUAAUUAGUAGAAUAAUAGGCCUAGCAAAUUAAGUAGAAAUUGCCUAGAGUUGCUGAAUUAAUAAGCGACGAUGAUAGUAUGAUAGUGAAGGCUAAGGAAAUUGGGUCCAAGUUAAAUGUAUUACAUGGAAGUAAAUGCACUGACAUAUGGAAUUAAAUUAUGUGGCAAAUUAUUUUAGAGGAGAGUAAAAUUCUAGUAAUGACUACCUAAAUCUUCCUCAACAUUUUAAGAAAAGGAUUGGUGAAAAUCUCUAAUUUCAGUUUUAUUGCAAUGGAUGAAUGUCAUAAUGCAAUAUAAGAUCAUCCAUACAACUAUAUUUUAAAAGAAUUUUACCUUAAAACUAAGUUUUAGUCUGAUAAUCAAUUUUUACCAUAAAUUGUUGGUGCAACUGCUUCUCCUGUUAUGAAUAGUAAAUCAGUCAGCAACAAUUAACUAUUAUAAGAAUUGCUUUAGUUAUCAGCAAAUAUGGAUUCAUAAUAUUUACAUAUAGAUGCUUAAAACCUUAAGAAACAUAUAAAAGAGGCUUAGAUUGUACCUAUCUAUUAUAAGAUGCUUUUCAAUGAUCCUGACAUCCAAAAAGUAAUUGAUUUAAAGGCAUCACUCACUAAUUGUGAGAAAAAUGAGAAUAAGGCUCUUGAUGUAAUGAGAAGAAACUCCUAUCUAACUGAGUUUUUUUAAAUAAAGUAAACAUUGGAAAAUUUCAAAAAAAAAUACUCAUAUGAUUUAUAAACUAAAAUCCUAAUUGCAUAAAUUGAGAAAUAAGUCCUAAUAAAUGGGUUUUAAAUGUAUUUAGAAUUAGGUCAAUAUUUAUUUGUAUUAUUGGUGGAAUAUGUUAUUAUUAAGUUAAAUGAUUUUUUAACCAUCAAGAGACCCCCAAAUUAAGCUGCCUGCUUAGACAUCUUAAAAUCAAUCUCGACCAUAUUAAAGGAUGCAAAAUUAAGAUACUCGAAUGUGUAACAAUCAUCAACUCCUAAAGUACAGGUCUUAUUUGAACUUAUAAGAAAAGCUUAUUCAUAAGGAGAUGAUAACAGCAGAAUUUUGAUCUUUGUGAAACAAAGGCUUACAGCCUUCUUUUUAAAUAGACUAAUAGAAGAAUAUUUGGCUUCAGAGAGAAUAAAUAUUGUAUCAAAUUUUAUAAUAGGACAUUGUUCCUCAAUGGUGAGAAAACAGAAUAAUAGCAUAAUGAUCAAUGUGAUUGAAUCCAAUAAAGAGGAUUAAGAAGAACUAAUUAAAAAACUAUAUGCUGAAUUAUAAAAUGAUCAAAGCAAAUUUUCAAUUGAAUAGCUUAAAGACUAGGUCAAUAGAUUGAACAUUUUUGCUUAUAGAAUUAGUUCUACAGUUUAAAAUGACAUUAUAAAUAAGUUUAGAUAAGGAAAAAUCAAGAUUCUAAUUUCUACAUCUGUGGCAGAAGAAGGUAUUGAUAUUCCAAUGUGUAAUUAUGUUAUUGGAUUCAAUCCAAUCUCAAGUUCAAAGGCAUACGUUUAAAUGAAAGGUAGAGCUAGAAAGGAAAAUUCAUAGUUUAUGAUAUUCAUGGUUGACAAGUUAUAGCAAGCUUAAGUGUAAAGUCAUCAACAAGUUUAAAACAAUAUUAAGUAGAUUAUUGAAGAAUUGACUGCUCCUUAAAGAUAGCAAAUGCUCAAUAAGGCGAUGCAAACUCUAUAGAGCAAAACCUAUGAAAACACUUAUUUUGAUUCAUUUGAAAUUGAGGGCUCGGGUGCUCUAAUCAAUACAAACUGGUCUUGCUAAUUAAUAUAGUAAUUGUGUUAGAAGUUCAACUAAAAGGAUGCUGAUAAGACUUAGCCUAAAUAUGCAAUUUAUUAAUUGCAUGGAAAUGCAUAGACGAAUCAGUAGUUCAUAGCCUUUUUACUUCUCCCAAUAUCAAUGAAAAGUUUCAUAUUUUAUGGAAAACUUGCUCCAUCUUCUAAAGAUGCCAAAGCAUCAGCUGCAUUUGAAGCAUCAGUGUAAUUAUAUUAGAAAGGAUACAUUGAUGACAACUUACAAAUCUGUUUCGAUAGUGAUUUGGGUUAACACAUUGGGGCAGAUUAAGAUGAUUCUUAAAUCAUGAUGACAAGAGAAUAAUGGCAAAUAGCAUGUAAAUACUCUUAGAGGUUGGUGCAAAGUUAAUCUACAAUGGGAGGGAAGGUUAAUUCAUAAAAAAGAUAUUAUACUAAUUUAUUCAAAACCCUGUUUUAAACAAAGGAUUAAGAAGGUUAGUUUGAAGAUUUCUUGCUUUAUGAAUGUCUAUUUUAGAACGAGAAAAUAUUGUUGGCUUUUCCAAAACAAAUGCUUCCUCAAAUCAGUAAGAGCGAAAACACUUUGUAAGCUCUUGGCAUUUAAUUUUAAUCAAUGUAGAAGAUUUCUAAGAGUUAAUAUGAAGGUCAUUAUAAAAAAUAUGUGGAGACAAUAAUCAAAGAAGAAAACUUACAAUAAUGGAGAGAUGACAUAUAUGCAAUUAUUAAUCAAAAAUGUUAAAUAAGAAUUAAAAGUGAGAGCAACUCGAAUUUACUUCUAAUAUUAAAGGGUUCAGUCAAGAGUAAAUUCACACUUAGCUAAAUCAUCAAUCAAUUUGCUUUAAGAUUCAAAGUGGAUCUAUUCCAGGAUAAAAUUAAAGAAUAGCUAAUUCAAAAAAUUUAGAUUAUCCCUUAGAAUAUCAAACCUCAUAUAAAUGAAGUUUUGAAUUCCACUAGUAAAUACAUUAAGUAUCUCACUUCUCUCCAAUAUUGCUAUUAAAAUGAAUUGGAUUCAUUGCAAUUAAAUUUUAUACAUUAUAGCGUUUCUGAUGUUGUUCUGAAUUUUGAUGUGAAAGAUAGAUUGGAUGAAAUUUUAUUCAAAUCAUUGGAUUUGUCGUCUCAUAAAUAUAAUGAAUUACUAUUAGGCCAUCAAUAUUAUAAAUUCCUUAUAGCAGUUGUAUUGUAUGCUAAUUAUUUUGAAAAUGAUAUCAAUAUUACCAGAGCUAAAUAUAAAACAUUCACAAGAAGCACUUAUGUAAGGAAUUGUUUGCUAGAGUCUUACCUCUUCCUCUAUUUACAUAAGAACGAUCUUAAUGAUAUAACUACACAAUUUAUUGGGCUAGAGAAAUUCCAAGAUAAUUUUGAUAUGAUGAUGGAAUAAUUAAUAUUAGAUGAUUUCUCAGUAGCCAAAAGGAAAUCAUAGAGAAAUACAAUUAAAAAUAAGAUUCAUAUAUCAAAUUAGGAAUUCUUUUAAUUCAUCCAAAACUCAUUAUUUCUAAUCUAAUAGAAUGAUUAGGAUUUAGUCAACGGUCUAAAUUGGCUUAGAACCUUUCGAAUAAUGACUUCUAUGAAGAUUCAUGUGAACUCAUCAUAAUGUUUAUAGGAAUUCCUGCCUGGUUUUGUGCCUCUGAGCGAAUAGACUAGGAAAAUUAAAAGAGUGUUCUCUUCUCUUGAAUAUAAAAUAAAAUACUAAUUCAAACACUUUGAAUUGUUGUUUUAAGCAAUGACUGAUAUUUCAUUUAAAUUUGUGAUUAAUAACAAGUUAAAAUUCAAGUAUUAUGAACAAUUUUAAAAGAAGGAAGAAUUUCAAGGGAUGAUAUAGGAAUAAUAAUGGAUUGAAUUUAAAAGUUAAUUUGAAUGCAUGAAUGAAACAGACUAGAAUAAUUAUGAAAAUUCACUCUUAGCAAUGUUAGGUAAAGCAUUAUGGAAUUAUCUAACAAUUAAAAUACUGAAUGAGAACAACUUGGAUUGUUUUGCAAUUAAAAUUGUUGGAAAGAUUCUUUCGAAAACUCCAUUUCUAGCAUAUUUAGCCAUUCAACUUGGUUUGUAGUAGUAUUUGAAUAGCAUCUAUUCAACUAUCCUCUUAAAUUUAGCAAGUGAAGUUGAAAAAUGUAAAGAUUCAUCCUUAGCUUUUAAAAUUGGUAAAAUUUAGAAAUCUAUACAUACACAAUGCUUAGAAACUGCUUUCUUUGCUCUUGUUGGUGCUAUCUACCUGGAUUCGAAUUGCAGUUCAAAUAUUGUAAUGCAAUGGGCUACAUUAAUAUUAGACAAUGUUUAAGUAUAACAAUUUUAUUCACCUGAUUUCAUAAAGAGACAACCAAAAUAUCAAUUUUAUCAAUGGUAUUAAAGUAACAUAGGAAACCCUUUCAAUUUUAAUCUGAUCAAAAUUCCACAUUAAGAUUACAGAAGAGUAUCCUAAGGAGAUAAAUUGUUCAUUCCUUAUGAUAUGUUAGAAGCCCAGAUAGUCAAUAUCAAAAAAGAUAAAUAUUAUGAAAUAUCAUAAUUGCAUAUUUAUGCUAAGAGCAAAGAGAAGGCUUGGGAAAAGUUGUAUGAAAUGAUUGAUUAUUGA